AUGCUAAAACCCGCGAAACGUAAGCGGCGAGAAAAUGCGGGAAGUGGCGGGAAGAAACCCAGGCUAGAAGAUGACCCGGCAAAGGAGAGGAAAUUAGAGAAGAAGGAGAAGAAGGAAGAGGAGGCUAAAGUAUUGAUAGUGGAUCGGUUGAACCUUAAGGACCCAUAUCCAGCUCUCCUGGAGUUAACAAAUAACAGUAUAGAGGGGGAGGAGGGGGAUCUGGUCGAGGAGUUCUUCAAGGGAGGGGGUCAAGUCAAUCAUAUCAUCAAUAUACUUCUCCUUAGGGAGGGUAAGGUUCGAGCGAAUGAUGUGGCCGCCGUUUUUAUGGCGGCACGAGCAAUUAUAAUGCGUGUAGUCAGGAGUGAGAACCCAAGUUUGUCAUUUGGGGGCAGAGGCCUCGCGUUCUCUAUUGAACUUACAAAGGCCAGAUCUGUUUUGAGAUUGUUAACAGCAAUUGUAACCCUAGGCCCUUCUACAGCCCGUCUGCUGCUGACAAGAUUGGAAUGGGAGAACGUGAACUGGGAAUCUUUGCCCAACAGAAUUGAACCCAAGGAUGACCCAGACAUCAGAACAUGUUACAUUCAUUUCCUCCUUUCAUUCUUAAUGGAACCUAGCGCUAUGGUCAUAAAGGAAUUUUUUGAGCGUAAAACUCGUCUCUACUCUAUUCUACCCGGGCUAAUAUUUGAUCCCUCGGAGACAGUUCAACUUGUUCUGGAGACUUUUAGAUGUAAAAUCCUGGAGAACGGGGCUGUUAGCAAAACCUACAAGAUGAGAUUGUUCGGAGCUCACAAUAUUAAACCUAUCAUUGCACUCCUCAAAUGGCAAGGACCUAAGGACGCAAAGAAGAAGAAGAAAGGAUUGAAGAAGGAUGAGGGAGAUGAUGAUGAGGAGGAGGAGAGGUUGGAGGAGGUUAAAGCCAGCCUCCUGGAGUUUCUGAGGAUCCUGCUUACCAGCACUAAGCAUGGUUUGCUCUUCCAGGAUCCUGAAUAUGGUUGUGAGAGAACUGCUAACCCUCUAGUUGCUGAAGUCCUACAGCAGAUUACUAAACCCUGGAUUCUGCCUGAUGAAGCGAGGGAUGAGUGGUCUCCCCGGGAAUCUGUUGUUUGGACGAAAAUCAUGGAUUUCCUGUUUACAGUGUUCAAGAACAUUAAUGUAAAUCAUGUCAAGGAGUCAUACAAGAAAAAUAACAAGGAGGAACCAAGCAAUGGGAAUUAG